GCGCGACGCAGAGAGAGAGAGAAAGAAAUCCCCUCAAGAAAGAAGGCACCAUGCUCUCCGUCCCGGGUACCGGGGCCGGCUCUUCUUCGGGCUUCGGCUCGGGCGAAGUGUCUUCGGGCUCCGGAGCCGGCGGCGACUUCCUGACGCGCUACCGGCUGGUGUCGUCCAAGCUCCGCAAGCGCUUCUUGCGCAAGCCCAACGUCUCGGAGGCCUCGGAGCAGUUCGCGGCGCUGGCGCGGGAGCUGCGCGCCCAGGAGAGCCUCCCUUACGCGGCCUGGUGCCAGCUGGCGGUGGCGCGCUGCGCCCAGAGCUUGGGCCACCCGGCGGGCGAGGCGGCGGCCCUGGCCGAAGCGGCGCGGCUCUGGCUUCGACACGAGCGGGAGCUCCGCCUGCGGCAAGGCCCCGGCUUGGGCCUCUCCGAGUACCUGCCGGCCGCCCACGGCUGCGUGGCCUUCGCCGCUCGCCUCCACGUCGACUUGGGGCAGCCGGCGUUGGCGGCAGGGCUGUGGCUGGAACUGGGCAACGAGCUGCGCUCCGCCGGCGAAGCCAGCCAAGCUGUGCCGGCUUUUCUGCGGGCCGCCGACCUGCUGGCCGCGGGCCACCUGCCUUUAGAAGCCGUGCACGGGCUGCGCGACGUGGCCUCCUGCCUGCUGCUCGGCCGCGACUACGACGGCGCCCUGGCGGUGCUCACGCAGGCCCAGCAGCUGGCCCAAGCGGGCGGCGGACCCUCCACCAACGCCCCUGCCUCCUCUUCAUCAUCCUCUUCCUCCUCCCCGUCGCUGCCCGGCGCUUUCCUUGACCACCUGCUUCACUGCGAGGUCACUCGAGUGCUGCUCUUGCUCCUGCUGCAGCCUCCGCCGUCCAAGCUGCUGCCCGAACACGCCCAGACCUUGGAGAAAUACUCAUGGGAAGCCCUGGAUGCUUCCUCGGGCUACGUUCCUCCGGAGCUUUUCUUGCUGCUCCAGUCAGCCGUCAUGGCCUGCCAGGAGAAAGACUUGGAAUCGCUGAAGGUUUUGCAGAAGGAACUGUGGCCGCUGCUGACGGCGGAGCAAAACAACCUGCUGCACUUGGUGGUGCAGGAGAUGAUCACCCCUUCCGGUCAAGGGUUCUGAUUGUUUUUGUGCUCCUCGUGGUAGUUUUCCAAUGCUCCAUCCAUGGAUAGGUCUUGUGGAAGAGUCGAAAGAACUUGAGCGAAACUUCCACCGAUAGUCAAGGACUGAAGUGGGAGGUGAAACUUACAAUUUUUGUUCCUCUAUGCGUUAAACGUCACUAAACUUCCCACAGGAUGAAGUGAGGACACUUAUGGGCCCCAAUACGUUGGAUUAUAUCUUCCUACCAUUUUUAAACAUAUUUUUUUGCCUGUACCAGAGGGAGUUUUGUUCUGCCAUUCCAGGUUCUUUCUACCUUGUCAUUCCUUGAACUUAAAAUUACGAUCUUGAGAGAACUGCGCAUAUACUGUUGGCCCAUAUUCUGUUUUGCUGCUUCUUCGAAUUUUUCCUUCAUCCCUCAGGCCACAAGGGAAAACUAUAUGAGAUUCGCAAUUGGAACAUGUCUCUUCUUUUCAUUGAGAUGAUGGAAAGCUUUAAAAGCCAUUUUGAUCAGUGUCGCCAAAUGUAUUGUGUUCUUCUCAGUGCUGUUUUUUCUGAUGGAGGCUAUAUUAAAAUCAGCAUGGAUGACGGGAACAACAAUUUGGGAGAGUUUGAGGGAAUUUCAAAAUGUUUCUAUAUUUGAACCCAAAUGGGAUUUCUAAGCUGUGUUCUCAGGGUACUGUAUUGGAUUAAUUUCUGCCUUGAAAUAAUCUGAAUGUUUACCUUGCUCGAGUCUUAGCUGGUUGUGUAAUUGAAUUUGGAUCUGACAGGAGUUCUUUGAAAAUAAACUGGUUUCUUAAUUGG